AUGAUUUAUAGAUUACUUGGAAACACUGGUAUGAAAGUAUCAGUUAUUGGUUUUGGUACAUCACUAAAUAGCACCCGUGCUGCUUAAGAAUUAACUACUUAAGAAAGUGUUAAGAAAGCAUUUGGUCAUGGUAUUAACUUUUUUGACACAGGAGAGAACUAUGGUAAUGGAGAGGCAGAAAGAUAAUUAGGUAAUGCUUUAAAAGCCCUUAAUACGAGUAGAGAAGACUACAUAGUUUCUACUAAACUAUUUUUUGGAGAUAACAGAAAACCAAUCGGUGUUAAUAACACUGGAUUGAGCAGAAAACAUAUAAGAGAUGGCUUAAAAAGAAGCUUGUAAAGAUUAUAAUUAGAUUAUGCAGACGUUGUAUUUGCUCAUAGAUUUGAUCACGAAACUACUUUGGAAGAAGUGGCUACGACCUUUACUGAACUAAUCAAGUAAGGCUAUAUUAAUUAUUGGGGUACAUCAGAAUGGAGUGCUGCAAACAUCUUCGAACUGAGGGAAGUUUGUGCUGAAAAGGGUUUAAUAAAGCCUGUUGUUGAAUAGCCUUAAUAUAACAUGUUUGUUAGGGAAAGAUUUGAAUCUGAAUAUGCUAGACUUUUUGAUGUCCAUAAAAUGGGAUCUACUAUCUGGAGUCCCCUUUGUGGAGGUAUAUUAACUGGUAAAUACAAUGAUGGUGUAGUUCCAUAGGGUGCUAGAUUUGAUGUAUUCAAUAACAGAUUAUAGAGAGCUAGAUGGGAAUCAUUCUUUUCUGAACAGUAGAAGUAGUAGAGAACCUAAACUUUGAAAGGAUUAGAAGAUUUAGCAAAAGAAUUAGGAAUGACAUAAGCUCAAUUGGCAAUGGCUUGGACAAUAGCUAAUAAGGAUGUAUCAACAGCUAUAACUGGGUGCUCUAAGCCAUCAUAACUUGAUGAAAUAGUAGAAUCUGUUAAGCACGUUAAUAAAAUAACAAGAGAAGUAAAUGACAGAAUAGAUAAGAUAUUAGGAAAUGUUCCUGAUUAGGCUAUCAAUGAAAAAAAUGAAAAGUAAUUCAUACGUAGAAGAUGA